UAAAUAGGGCAGUACAUAACUUAGAACAAACGGAGACUUUGUUUUGUUUCACGUUAUAUAAAGAUUAUAUCGUGAAAUCUGUGAAAUGGAUACUAACCAGACAGCAAGCAUGGAACGACCACAAGAUUCAAAACCAGGAUUAUACCGUAGAGAACUAACCGACGAGGAAAGGAAAUUCCGUUACCGAGCAUCGGCCUUUCUCGCUGGAGUUGCUGGCAUCUCGGUCGUGGCUGGAUUUAGCAAAACCAUAUUGACCGCUAAGAAAUCCGAUCCGCAGUUUUUUGAGCGGGGUGUCCAAGGCAGUAUCGCCAUGCAGGAAACCGGUGCAAGUUUAGCGAUGCGAGCCCUUGGUUGGGGGACGUUAUAUGCUUUCCUUGGCACCGGAGCCAUUUGCUAUGGCAUCUGGAAACUCACAGGGGCUAGCAAUAUGAAAGAAUUCAGGGAGUCUGUAGGCAACAUUUUUCCAAGGGUACAGAAAAACGAUCCACCCAGAAGCAGGACGGAAUUCGAUGGACUGACGGAUCUUAUGAAGUACUUGAGCACUUGGGGAAAGGAUGAACAAUAACAGGCUAUUUUAACACGUAAAUCUGUCUAAAUUUAUUUUACUUUUCUUGUAAAUAUAGUCAUAAACAUUAAACUUUAGAACGAAACAAACUAUUAUGAAA